UUCAGUUCUUUUUUCGCAUCGUUCGCCGGCUUUCCGCCAUGGCCAAAACCCGCGUUUUCUUCGACAUCGUCGCCGACAGCUGCCCUCUAGGCCGCAUCGUUAUUGAGCUGAGAUUUGAUGUUUGUCCAAAGACCUGCAAGAACUUCCUUCAGUUGUGCACUGGAGAACCAGGAUUUGGUUACAAAGGCUCCGGCUUCCACAGAGUCAUCCCAGGCUUUAUGUGCCAGGGUGGAGACUUCACCCACCACAAUGGAACCGGUGGCAAAUCUAUCUACGGAAACAAGUUUGCUGAUGAGAACUUUACCCUGAAGCACACCGGACCAGGAAUCAUGUCUAUGGCCAAUGCUGGCCCCAACACAAACGGUUCUCAAUUCUUCAUCUGUACUGCAGCAACCAACUGGCUCGAUGGAAAGCACGUUGUGUUCGGGUCAGUUGUUGACGGCAUGGAUGUUGUGAGAAAAAUGGAAAGCUGUGGUACUCAGACAGGGAAGACCAAUAAGAAACUUGUGAUUGCUGACUGUGGCCAGCUUUAAAGGAACUUUCAUCUUUAUCCCUAGUCUUACAUCACAAGCAUUCCUUCUCAAUCAACUUCGCACUGUCGCUGGAGUUUAAUUGCAUCUUGUAACCAUCCUCAUUUUUGUUUCAUUUUUCCACAAGUUCUGGUCUUUGCAGAACACAAUAUAAAUAAAAAUAUAAACAAUUAA